GCGUUGUUCGAUCAUGGCCCGUUGGUUGGAAAUCGAAUAAUAGUCUGCAACUGUUGGCCCAGCCAAGCCACAUGCUUUCACCCAAAUGCCAACCUGAUCAGCUAUUUUUCAUCCUGUCGGAUUAACAUUUAUAUCCCAGAGCCCUUCCUUCCCCUCCAUCCCACUUCUCACCGCCUGGCCCUUCGGUAGUAGUGUUAUCAGCACGUGACACCCCUUAAAUAUAGCUAUCGCUCAUCAUCUACAGUCUAUACCCUUCUUUCUUCUUGCAAGGAGGCCACCAGUGUCGCGGCCAUGUCUGUGGACAUUCCAGGUCAAGCCUCGGAUGUGCUCCUGCUCAUCAAUGAGGCAAAGACGCUAGUGUCGCAACUUUAUGAUCCGGCAAAUACUGGCAACCCCGCCAAAAUAAAGGCGAUCCAGGAACACCUUCAACGUCUUCAGAAAGGCCCUCAAGCAUGGCUGAUUGCAAAUCAUCUUCUCGCGGAGGAUAACACUGAUUUGAGAUUCUUCGGAGCUUUGACUUUCACUGUAAAAAUAAACCAGGACUGGCAACACUUGAGCACAGAAGAGGCCCAGGAGCUACUAGGACGACUGAUAGAACACUAUGUCAUCUUAGUCAAUGGAGGAGAACGGUCUCUGGUAGUACGAAAACUAGCUGCCAGCUUAGCGACCAUUUUUCUGAAACCCAACGCUCCUUGGACACGGGCCCUUUGCAACCUGGCGGCUUCCUUAGCAAAUGGGAAGCAUGUCUCAGAGGAACACUGCAAGGAUGUUGACCUCAGGCAUACUGUGCUUCCAGCUUUGUCCGAGCGGCAGGUAACCUCCUUGCUAUACUUUUCUAAUAUCCUUGGAGAGGAGAUCCAUCGGUGGAGCUCUGAAGCCCGUCGUAAUCGCGAUGAUCACCCCAUCGCCGAGAAUAUCAAGGACGCUUUUGUACUCGUCGAUGUUGUUCUUGGCCACAUUCUGCAGCAAGUCGCAUCCGGAGCUCACUUGUCUGAUGGUGACGACUUGGGCACUGAAGUUAUCAGUUCCUACCAGACCUGGAUGUAUGUACGGAGCGCAUUUCAACUCCGCGACACGAUACCUGUAUCCCAACUAGCACCGACCACAACUCACGUGAUUCAAUGCAUGAGCAUUCCAUCUUUGUCGAAAACCGCGACAGAAGUUCUGGUCGAAUUGAUAGACUGGCGGGAUACUAUCUUCAGCCCGGAGCACAUUAGUGCCAUCUUAGAUUACAUCGUUUGCGAUUAUGGUACUGCGCAUAUCGCUUCACUCAUGGAAGGCGAUUUCGAGGACGAGAACAUGAUAUUCUUGGAGCUUUUACUAGCAUAUUCAACACUACAGCAAAGAGACCUUCUAACAAAACCACUGGAUCCGCAACAUGACAAGGUUCUUGCUCUGCUGCACAUGCUGUUCAAAGCUCCUGGUUAUGCAUCGGUGGACGAUUCGGCCUCCCCUUUGGUUCUCGAAUGGUGGACUGAGGUGGCAGAUGACCUUCAGGAAAUAUACCUGGACUCAGAAGAACAAGCGGGGCUUGAACCUGCAAAGCACAAUCUUGCCCGUGCAGCCCUGGACUGUUUUGAGAAACUCAAAUAUCCCACUCCGGAAGAGUUGCAGAGCUGGGGCGAUGAUGAUCGUAAUGAAUUCGGGGCUUUCCGGCGCGACGUCUGUGAUUUUCUUUUAGCGAUCUAUCCAAUGCUGGGGGUAGAAUUGGUACAGGUUUUCCAGGAGCGAGCGAGAUCGUCACUCCAACAGCAAGACUGGCGAACAUUUGAGGCCGCCAUCUUCUGCGUUGCUCAGCUGUCUGAGGCGGUUGAUGAGAAUCAGCAUGCUGACGAAUGUCUGAAUUCAAUAUUCUUUUGUGAUGAAUUCGCCAAUUUAUGCGAAGGAAACGGGGUGGCUAUUCCAGACAAACCACGCCAGACUCUAGUGGACAUGCUUGGGAAAUAUCAAUCAUACUUUGAACGAACACAGGCAUUGCUACCCCGGGUAUUAACAUUUCUCUUCGCGUCCCUUAAUGUUGGCCCUUGCGCGCCAGCAGCGUCCAGGUCGAUCGCAUAUCUCUGCAAUUCAUGUCGCAAUGCUCUCACACUCGAGCUUCCGGCCUUUAUCGACCAAUUCGAGAGCUUCCGCUUCAAACCCACUGCUACAGCCCAGACUAUGGAGAAGGUUUUAGAGGGCAUCGCUGCAAUCAUCCAAACGGUACCUGAGGAUGAAGCAAAGGCUCCAUAUCUGGAAAGGAUUCUUCGGAUCUUUCAUGAGCAAGCAACCGCAGCGCGAGAAGAAGUCGUCAAUGGACUCAUCGAGCAAGCUCAAAGCCAUGCUCAGCUGGUAUUACGAUGCAUUGCCAGUGUCGGCAAGGGUCUCCGAGCCGAUGGAGAAAUCAAUUUGGACUCGAAUGACGAUAAGGAAGCCGAUGCUUACCCGCCGACCUUCUGGAAUAUGGGUAGCGGUGCUGUUGUACAGAGCCACAUCAUGGAAUCUAUGCAGCUGCUCAUGACUGGCUUCCCUGUGGAUGUGGCGAUCAUCGAGGCUGCAUGCGACAUACUCAAAGCCGGCUAUACUGAGAGGACCGGUCCUUACGUAUUUCCGCCGAUGAUGACGGUCAAUUUUGUGAAGAGUAUCCCACUAGGUAGUGCGGGUACCGACAUAGUUAUGGGUACAGCCUCGGCUUUUCUUGCAUCCCAUAGUUCGCAUCCCCAGCGUAUUCGUGAUGAAACAGUUGCCUUGAUCAUUCACGUCUAUGACACAUUCUGCUGGAUGCAUGAGAAACCUGAGUGCUAUGACCCCGAAGUCGCUAACAGCGGAAUCGACUUCCUGACGCGCUUGCUUCCGAAAUACCAUUCUUUCCUCUUCGCGCUCACGUCUGCACCGCAGGAACCCGGCCAGACCACUAGUCAACAGCGACCGUCCGUUCUAGAAGCUAUCUUGAACUUCACACUUAUCUCUCUACAGGGCCCCGAACCCCUGCCAUUGCGCUCCGCUUCGCAGUUCUGGGUGAGCGUGCUGAACCUCCCCAGCGACGACCCAGCUAUUCAAAAUGCUAUCCGUGAAUGUCUGCCCGCUAUUUGUCGGAUUCUGAUGAGUCAAUUCGCCGGUAGAUGUGCCCGGUCUGAUCUGGAACACCUGUGCGAAGUGCUUCGUAAGGUCAUAUUCAAACAACAGGGAGCAGCCCGGCCGCACCUUGCUGCGGCGCUGGCCGGGUUGGACGAGGUGGUCGAUCAACACCAGCGGCCAUCUGUCUCGCCAGAAGAACGACAGCGCCUCCUUGCGUCAUUGUUGGCCGCCAGGGGGGCUAAAAUGCAGACCAGUCAGUUGAUCCGCACUUUCUGGGUCAAGUGCCGUGGUGCCGGCUUCGACUACGUGGGAUAGCCUGUAGGGUUGUCUAGCUAGUAGCAAGUGUCGACUAUAGCUACCAGACUCUAGGUUCAUUGUGCCACCACCUUCUAGUAGGCGGACAGUAACACUUGCUAUAAUAUAAG